CAAAGAAGUUGAAGUUGGAUUUCCAAUGAUUGCCCUGUGACUGGGAUAAGUGGGAAACCCACACGACGGAGGCAGCAGCGACAGAGACAGAAACAGCGACUGCCAUGAUAUAAAAACACAGAGCCAAACCGGCUCCGCCACUCAGUUCGCGUCUCGCUGGUCGGGGCGAAAGUUACGGACGGCACACGAAGAAUCUCUCAGCAUCGCCACAGAUCGGACUCAGCUGUUGGCCCGUCCACAAAUAGAGCACAGAGCAGGCGGAAACUGGCAGCACAGUAAAUCAAAUGUGUGACGACGUAGAAUCGCGAAAAGUACCCGCUCCACGCUAAUUUACGAACGAACACAAUGGAGUACCUGAGCUAUGUUUAUGAGAAAUUAUUCGGCGGCAAUGCCCCAGACGAUGACACGCAAGGGCGCUGCCACACGCCCCGCAAAGUCGUGUGCUUUGGCAAUGUUUUGCUGGAUCGUUUGGUCAAGCUGGAGGAUCCGGAACUGCUGCAGCGCUACGAUCUGCAGCUGGGCUCCAAGGGCGAAAUGGAGCUGGAGAAACUCAACAAACUGGCGCUGGAAGCUGCAGAGAGCUCCCAAUGCCUGACCAAACCCGGUGGCUCGGCCUUGAACACAGCGCGCAUCCUCAAGCAACUCGGCACGGAUCCCACGUUCUUUGGUGCCGUUGGCGCGGACAAACAUGCGGAGGAGCUGCGUUUGAUCUUCCGGGAGCGCGGCAUUGAGGCGCGCCUGCAGACCAUCGAGUCGACGCACACGGGCCAGUGUGUGUGCCUCAUGUACGAGGAUAAUCCCACGCUCUAUGCGAACAUUGGCGCCUCCGCGCAGUUCUCGGUGCAGGCACUGAGCCAGGCGGCCAUCCAUGAGGGACAGUCCUUCCUGCGUCCCCUCGAGCGCAAGCAGAUCCUCUACGUCGAGGGUUUCUUUGUUCCCCAGUGCGCCGACGUCUGCGACUACAUUGUGGAGAAUCUGGUGCGGAAUCGUCGUCGCCUGGCACUGAAUCUCAGCGCUCCGUACAUCGUGCGGGGACAUGCCCAGACCAUCCUGAAGCUGGCGCGGCACGCCUUCUUCCUCUUUGGCAAUGGACAGGAGUUCGAGGAGCUCGCCGCCGCUUCCGGCGCCCCGAGUGUGGACCAGUUGGCCGAGCAACUGCUGCGCGAGGGCCAAACCCGCGUUAUAUUCAUCACAAAAGGCAGCGCCGGCGUUCAGGUGAUCACGAACUACGUGGAUGAGUUGGGUCCACCCGGUCCCAUCAGCGUCGAGGACUAUCGUGCGCCGCGUGUGGAGCAGCUGGUGGAUGCCACCGGUGCGGGCGAUGCCUUUGUCGCUGGCUUCCUGCACGCCUGGCUGGAGAAGCGAUCGCUGGGCGAAAGCAUUCGCAUGGCCACCGACGUGGCCGCCAAGGUGGUCACCCAAGUGGGCUGCAAUCUGCCGAGUCCUUAGCCGUAGAGGAUCUUCGCACAAUCAAGCACCAAAGUAGACUCUUAGCAUGUACGUUCCACAGACUCUGGGCAGAACUCUCUGCCUUUCCCACACACUCCUGGCCUUGGCUUCCUGCCGCUC